UUGCAGAAGGAGACUCCGUCCGAUGUGCUGUUGCAUCUGGCAGCGCUACGUGGCGAUGAAAUCAACCUGCGGCGCGUACUUGACAGCGGCAAAGUGCAUGUGGAUUGCAAAGAUGAGGAUGGCACCACACCUCUCAUACUUUCAGCAGCGGGCGGUCAUACCCCAUGUGUGCUGGAAUUGCUUGAACAGGGCGCAGAUCCAAAUUCGCGACGCGCCACUGGUACAACACCGUUAUUUUUCGCAGCACAGGGUGGCUACUUAGAUGUGGUGAAAAUAUUGAUAAAAGCCGGUGCCAGUGUGGAUACGCCAUCGGUGGAUGGUGGUACUCCACUAUUUGUCGCCGCACAGGGUGGUUACGUGAAAUUGGUGCGCGAAUUGUUGGAUUGUGGCGCCAAUGUGAAUGCGUGUAUGAAGGAUCGCGCCACACCCGUUUUUAUAUCCGCACAAAACGGUCAUCGUACAGUGUUAUCCCUGCUCAUCACGGCGGGCGCCAACCCCGAUAUGAAGCGUAUAGAUGGCGCCACACCACUGUGGAUCGCCGCACAAAUGGGGCACGAUCACAUAUGCAAAGUGUUGUUGCAAAAUGGCGCAUUUGUGGACGCUGUGCGCUGUGACGGCGCGACGCCACUCUUUAAGGCGGCGCACAAGGGGCACGCGGCGGUUGUGACUGAGCUCUUGAAACACAGGCCUAAUCUAGGGCUUCUACCGAACGGUGAAACAGCGUUGCAUGCGGCAGCCAUGUUCGGUCAUUUAACGGUGUGCAAGCAACUGAUCGCCGCAGGCAGCGAUAUAUUGCAGAAAAACCAGGAGGGGCUCACCGCUUUGCAGGUGGCGCGCCAGCAGAAAUACUCGUCGAUCUGUGAUUAUCUGCAGGAUCGCUUGCGUCUGGUGCGUGCGCGUGCUGGUACGGCCACAUAAAUACCGUUAUUGUGUGUGGAGUAGACAAGCGGCAGCUUUAAGUUGUUAAAGUUGG